AUGUCGGCCUACGGCGCUAUCCAAGUUAAGCCCCUCGACGCCGACCUGCCCACCUACUCCUACACCCUGCCGAAUGGGGAGCUCCUGACGACGCACGCGGUGCACAACGGCAAUGCGCCUGCUGCGCUGAUCGCGUACCUCCACGAUGUAUUCAGUGAGGAGCUCGAGGAGGGCAAGACGUACCCCCAAGAAGGACCCAUGACGCUCGACGAGUUCAAGAACUACUUCUUCGGCGCGACGACGAUCAUCGGCGUCCUCUCGCCCGCGGGCACGGAUCCGAAGGCAGUGCAGACGCUCGAGGACGCGCACGCCGGACGGGACUGGAAGGAGUGCGUCGCCGGGUGCUACUACAUCAAGCCCAACUACCCGGGGCGCAGCAGCCAUCAGAACUGCAACGCGGGCUUCCUCGUGCCCAACUCGCAGCGCGGCAAGAAGAUUGGCAACGCCCUCGCCGAGUCGUACACGCACUACGCCCCGGCGCUGGGAUACCGCGGCUCAGUCUUCAACCUUGUGUACGAGAACAAUGUCGCGAGCCUGCGUCUCUGGGAGAAGCUCGGCUUCACCAAGGUCGGCGUCAUUCCCGGUGCUGGACGACUGAAGACGGGCAACGGCGACGAGGAGAAGUACUACGACGCGCACAUCAUCUACAAGUCUUGGGUCUAA